AUGGUGAACGAGGACAAAUGGGAGCUGAAGCCGCAUCCCGUGAUUCCCCGCGGGAAGCCGCUCGUGCUUAUGAUCCUCGACGGGUGGGGAGAGAAUGUCGAGGACGACUAUAACGCGAUCUACAAGGGCAACUGCCCGCACAUCAAGGCGCUGCGCGAGAACCGCCCUAACCGCUGGCGCACGAUCAAGGCGCACGGCAAGGCCGUGGGGCUGCCGAGCGACGGCGACAUGGGGAACUCGGAAGUGGGGCACAACGCCAUGGGCGCGGGGAAGGUCAUCAACCAGGGAGCGGCUCUGGUGGACACGGCGCUCGAGACGGGUGACAUGUACAAGAGCGACGGCUUUAACUACGUCAAGGAGGCGUGGGACAACGGCGGCACGCUCCACAUGAUCGGCCUGCUCAGCGACGGCGGGGUUCACUCGCGCUACGACCAGGUGAUCGGCACGAUUCACGGCGCGUGGGAGCGCGGCGCGAAGCGCGUGCGCGUGCACGUGCUGACGGACGGUCGCGAUGUGCCGGACGGGUCGUCGCUGCAGUUCGUGGCGCAGCUGGAGAAGGAUCUCGAGCUGCUGCGCGCGCAGGGCUGCGACGCCAAGAUCGCGUCGGGCGGCGGGCGCAUGCGCGUCACCAUGGAUCGCUACGAGGCGGACUGGAAGAUCGUGGAGCGCGGGUGGCACGCGCACGUGCUGGGCGAGGCGCCGUUCAAGUUCAAGUCCGCCCUGGAGGCGCUCAAGAAGAUCAAGGAGGACGACCCGAGCGUGAACGACCAGUACUAUCCGCCGUGGGUGAUCGUGGAUGACGAGGAGAAGCCCGUUGGACCGAUCGUGGACGGCGAUGCCGUUGUUAUCUGGAACUUCCGUGCGGAUCGUGUGAUUCAGAUCUCCAAGGCCUUUGAGUACCCCGACUUCCACCAGUUUGACCGCAUCCGCGUGCCCAAGGUGCACUUUGCGGGCAUGAUGCAGUACGACGGUGACCUCAAGCUGCCCGCAAAGUUCCUCGUCGCGCCGCCCGUCAUCGAAAACACCUCCGGGCAGUACCUCGUGAAGAACGGCGUGCGCACCUUCGCAUGCAGUGAGACACAGAAGUUUGGGCAUGUCACCUUCUUUUGGAACGGCAACCGGUCGGGCAAGCUGGACGAGGAGCUGGAGACCUACUAUGAGGUGCCCAGCGACAACUGCCCCUUCAACGAGAAGCCCCUCAUGAAGGCGCGCGAGAUCGCUGCUGCGUGCAAGGAUGCGAUUCUGUCGGGGAAGUAUGACUACAUUCGGCUGAACCUGGCGAACGGUGACAUGGUGGGGCACACGGGCGUGUUUGACGCCGUGCUGGAGGCCUGCGAGGCUGUGGACGGCAGCGUCAAGGAGCUGUUGGAGGCGGUGGAGCAGGUGGGCGGCAUCUAUUGUCUGACAGCGGACCACGGGAACUGCGAUGACAUGGUGCAGCGCAACAGCAAGACCCACAAGCCCAUCCUCGGCCCUGACGGCACACCAGAGCCCCUCACCUCGCACACCCUCGCCCCCGUUCCUAUUGCCAUCGGUGGUCCCGGGCUGCCAGCCAACAUCAGGUUCCGGCAGGACAUGCCGAAUGCAGGCCUUGCCAAUGUUACAGCCACUUUCAUGAACCUGCUCGGAUUCGAGGCUCCUGAGGGCUAUGAGCCAUCUCUGCUCGAGGCUGCAGCGGCCAUGGACGUGAGAGUGGGGUCGCUCAGCGAUCCUGACGACGCGCCUGGCCUCGCUCACUUCUUAGAACACAUGCUCUUCUAUGCUAGCGAGAAGUACCCUAUCGAGGAUAGCUACAGUGACUUCCUCAACAAGCACAGCGGGCGGUCGAACGCGUACACGGCAGCGGAGAACACCAAUUACCAGUUCGACGUGGCUGCUGAGUUCCUGGAUGAAGCACUUGAUAGGUUUGCCCAAUUCUUCAUCUGCCCGCUCAUGUCAGCCGAUGCCACCAACCGGGAAAUCAAUGCGGUGCACUCAGAGCACACCAAGAACCUGAUUUCCGACCCCUGGCGGAUCAACCAGCUUCAAAAGAGCUUCUGUUCGCCCCAGCAUCCCUUCUACAAGUUCAACGUUGGAUCGCUGGAGACGCUAAGGGAGGUGCCAGAGGCGAGUGGGAGGGACAUACGGCAGGAGCUGGUAGCCUUCUAUGAGAAAUACUACUCUGCUAACCUCAUGCACCUCGUGGUGUAUGGCAAAGACUCUCUCUCGUCGCUGCGGGCCAUGGUGGAGAGUCGCUUUGCCCUCAUCCCCAACAAAGCACUGCAGCAGCCUGACAUCCCUGGCGACCCCUGCGGUCCCAAAUACACCAAGAAGCUAGUGCGGGCAGUGCCAGUGGCAGAAGGGCACAAGCUGGAGCUCGUGUGGCCCACCCCGGCCGACCAGCACCUGCACCGCGCCACACCCAUGCGUUACCUGGGCCACCUCAUUGGGCAUGAGGGGCACGGGUCGCUCUUUGCAUUGCUCAAGAAGAAAGGCUGGGCCACCGCGCUGGGAGCGGGGCGCAGCCACAGCAGCAAGCACUACGCCUUCUUUGCUGUCAACAUCGACCUCACAGACCUGGGCCAUGAGCACGCAAUGGAGGUGGCGGAGCUCGUGUUUCGGUACAUUGGGCUCAUUCAGAGCGGCCAGGGCAUUCAGCAGUGGAUCUUCGAUGAGCUGGCAGCGGUGUGCGCCACCAAGUUCCACUUCCAGGACAAGCAGCAGCCCUUCUUUUACACGUCCGCCAUUGCUGCCGGCAUGCAGCUGUACCCACGGGAGGACUGGCUAGCAGGUGCCUCUCUCCCACGAGACUUUGACCCUGCUGCUCUAGCGGACCUGGCCAAAGCGCUCACUCCUGACAACGUGCAGGUCUUUUGGCUGUCGAAGCGGUUUGAGACGGAGGCAACAGAGGAGGAGCGCUGGUACAAGACAAAGCACUCCGCCCAGAGCAUCCCGGAUGACUUGCUGCAGCGCUGGAGGGAAGCAGUAACAGCUGCUCCUGACGCUGGCCCUUCACCAGUUGCCACCACGCCUCUUGUGCCCAGUGCUGCUGCUGCUGCUGCUGGUGCAGCCGGUGAAAGUGUGGCUGCUGCUGCUGCUGCUGCUGCUGGUGCAGCCGGUGAAAGUGUGGCUGCUGCUGCUGCUGCUGCUGCUGAUGGUGCAGGCAGCGCAGCAGGGGAUGGUGGGAGCAGCAGCGAGCUGCAUCUGCCGGCUCCCAACGAGUUCGUGCCCUCUGACCUGGAUGUUCUCACGCCGCCCACUGGCAAGGUCUCCUCCCCCACGGUCAUCCACGCCACCCCCAUGCUGCGCCUGUGGCACAAGCCAGACACGCUCUUUGGCCUGCCCAAGGCCGUGCUCUUCAUGCAGCUCGCCUCGCCUGAAGCCUACACCUCCCCUCGCUCCGCCCUCCUCACCCGCCUCUUCGCCUCUCUGCUGCAAGAUGCCCUCAACGCGUAUGCGUACGAUGCUGAGAUCGCAGGACUCAACUACUCCAUCGUGCCAAGCGUGCACGGCAUUCAGAUAUCAGCAUGGGGGUACAGCCACAAGCUGCUAGUGCUGGUGUCUAAAAUCAUCGACCGCCUCGUCACCUACACUGUUGAUGCCGACCGCUUCCACGUCAUCAAGGAGAAGGAGCAGAGGGAAUUCGAAAACUUCCGCUAUGACCAGCCGUACGCACAGGCGCUCUACUCCGCAUCGCUGCUGCUGGCGCACCGGCGCUGGCACUUCUCAGACUACCUUGCUGCGCUGCCCGCCCUGCAGCCAGAGCACCUCGCCGCCUUCCUGCCCUCGCUGCUCUCCCACGUCUCCCUCCAGCUCUUCGCCUCAGGCAACAUCGCCCCCACAUCAGCAAUCGCAUUCGCCCAGGAGACGGAAUCCCGCCUGCGAUCCAGCCCGAUCGCAGCAGCACAGGCCCCCGUUCCCGCACAGCGCCCUGAGCUGCGCAUGGUGCGGCUGGGCGAUGGCAGUGCUGCCGUGCUGGCUGGGGAUAACCUCAACCCCGAUGACGAGAACUCUGCCCUCGUGUUCUACCUGCAGGUGUGUCAAGACGGGGAGACCAUCGUCCUGCCAGCAGCCCCAGCCCCCAGCAAGGGAGAAGCUGCCAUGGGGGAAGCGACUCAGGCGUCGGCACCAGAGGCAGGGGGGGAGAGCGCGAACAGCGGGCUGCCCGCAGAGAAGCCUAGUGGGGAGGUGGCAGGAGGGGUGAGCGUGCGAGCACACGUGGUGGCGCAGCUGCUGGUGCAGGUGCUGGAAAGGGACGUGUUUUACGAGCUGCGCACUGUGCAGCAGUUGGGCUACAUCGUCUUCCUCAUGUCUCGCAACGAGAAUGCAGUUCACGGCAUCACCUUUAUCAUCCAAUCAAACGUCAAGUCAGCGAGCGACCUGGACGGGCGGGUGGAGGCGUUUCUGCAGGCAGCAGAGAGCAAGCUGGCCGGUAUCACUGAGGAGGAGUUCCAGACCCAUGUGGCAGCGCUAGUGGCGAAGAAGCAGGAGAGGAAGAAGAAUCUGGUGGAGGAGGCGAAUGUGAUGUGGAAGGAGAUCGACGAUGCCAUGCUGGCCUUUGACCGCGUUGACCAGGAGGUGGCGGAGCUCCGAUUGAUGCGUCCAUCCCACGUGGCGCAUUUCUUUGCCUCUGUGGUGAAGCGAGGCGCACCCAAUAGGAGGCUGCUCAGCGUGCAGGUGCAGAGGCAUGAGAAGGAAGCAGCACCUGAGGAAGCAGCAACAACAUGUGCAGCGGAAAGCGCCCCCGAGCCUGCUGUGAAUGGUUCAGACAGCGCUGCUCCCGUCUGUGCCGCAAGCCCUGAGAGUGGAGCAAGUGAUACUGCCAGUGGAGGCAACGAGCGAGCGAAAGAGUCAGUGGAAGUAAAAAGCAAGGAGAAGAGGGAAGUCAUUGACAACAUUUAUGACUUCAAGCGCUCCCAGGCUCUUUAUCCUUCGCUCAAGGGAAGGCCACUUCUGUCUGGAAUUGUAUCAUCAUCUUAA